CCAACUCUGAAGCUUCUCCAAAGGAGGAAUCGAGAGGUUCUGGAGACAUGAAGAUUCUACUGCUGUGUCUUAUACUUGUUUUGGCUUGUGAUGCCCACCUACCCCUUCCUAAUGUACUGACACAGAUUUCAGGACCAUGGAAGACCUUGUACGUAUCAUCCAACAACCUUGACAAGAUUGGCGAGAAUGGCCCGUUCAGGGUUUAUAUGAGAGGUAUCAACGUGGACGCACCAAGACUCAAAAUGUCAUUCAAUUUUUAUGUCAAGGUUGACGGAGAAUGCGUUGAAAAGUCUGUUGAGGGAUCAUUAGGACAAGACAAUCUUAUCAAUACUGGUUAUGAAGGUGACAAUGUAUUCCAGGUUGUUGAAGUGACCCCAAAUUUUCUGCUAGCCUAUGAUUUCAAUGCUGAUGACCAAGGUGGAAUGACAAAAACAGUUUUUUUCUUCGGUAUAGGACCUGGUGUUCAUAAGGAAGACGUUGCAAAGUUCAAGAAGCUGAGUAGCGAAAAGGGUAUUCCAGAAGAAAAUAUUAUAUACUUAGGCGACACUGCUGUGUCACGUGUCGUCUUCCUCAUGGAAUCAGGAUCAACAGUAGGAUGA